AAUACUGUCGGGAUCUCUUGCCGGCUUCCACUCCAGUUUCAGUCCUAGUAGGGUUGAAACAUCCAGUAGCGGAUUUCUUUGUGGAGAGAACCCGCUUUAUUUUUUUAUCCCAGCAUUCUGGUCUCAUGGACACACUCUUUGUAAAUGCUUUUUAAGAAUCAUCACUGUAGGAAGACGCACACUGGCUACUCAGCAGGCCCUGGCCUUGAGUCAUAUUUGAAGGGAUUUAACUUCACCGGUGAGCCCCCUUGGCUUCUCUGCACCUGAGGAACAGCAACACUAAAUUUCAUCUCUUUCAUAUCCAAUUUACUAGUGACUAAUCAAAAGGACUUCUUGUGACCAUGAACACUGCCACUGCCACCGAGGUUGACUUCUCUUUCCUGGAGGAGGGCUUCUCUGCCCGGGAUAUUGUUGAGCAGAAGAUCAAUGAGUCAUCCAUGACGGACGACAGGGAUGCCUUCUACGUCUGUGACUUGGGAGAUGUACUAAAGAAACACCUGCGCUGGGUGAGGGCCCUGCCUCGCGUCACUCCUUUCUAUGCUGUCAAAUGCAACGACAGCCGGGCUGUAGUUAUGACGCUGGCAUCCCUGGGAACUGGCUUUGACUGUGCAAGCAAGACGGAGAUUCAGAUGGUUCAGUCUCUGGGAGUGGAUCCAAGCAGAAUCAUCUAUGCCAACCCCUGCAAGCAAGUUUCUCAGAUCAAGUAUGCAUCUGCCCAUGGAGUCCAGAUGAUGACUUUUGAUAGCGAGGUGGAACUCAUGAAAGUGGUCCGCUGUCAUGACAAUGCCAAGCUGGUGCUGCGUAUUGCCACAGAUGACUCAAAGUCAGUGUGUCGCCUGAGUGUGAAGUUUGGGGCCCCACUCAAAGCUUGUCGAGGUCUUCUGGAGCGCGCUAAAGAACUGGAGCUGGAUGUGAUCGGCGUCAGCUUCCAUGUUGGCAGCGGCUGCAAUGAUCCUGAGACCUACACCCAGGCUAUUGCUGAUGCCCGCUGUGUCUUCGAUAUGGGGGAUGAGCUGGGCUUCAACAUGGACCUGUUAGACAUUGGAGGAGGUUUCCCUGGUUCAGAUGAUACUGAACUCAAAUUUGAAGAGAUCACAGCAGUAAUCAAUCCAGCCCUGGACAAGUAUUUCCCUGCGGACACUGGUAUCAGGGUCAUUGCUGAGCCAGGCCGCUUUUAUGUGGCCUCUGCUUACACACUGGUUGUCAACAUCAUUGCCAAGAAAGUCAUCAUGGACGAUGAAUCAGCCUCUGACGAGGAAGACGAGGGGACCAAUGAUAGAACCCUAAUGUACUAUGUCAACGAUGGCGUGUAUGGAUCCUUCAACUGUAUACUCUAUGAUCACGCUCACUGUUUGCCAACACUACAUAAGAAGCCAAAGCCAGAUGAGGUCAUGUACCCCUGCAGUAUCUGGGGCCCAACAUGCGAUGGCCUUGAUCGCAUUGUUGAGCAGUGCAACCUGCCUGACAUGCAGGUAGGCGACUGGCUGGUCUUUGAGAACAUGGGUGCCUACACUGUGGCCGCCGCCUCCACCUUCAACGGCUUCCAAAGACCUGACAUACACUACGUCAUGUCCCGUACUGCCUGGCAACAUGUGCAGCAGAUUUGUUCCCAGGGCAUGCCAGCUCCUGUGGAGGAGUCUUGCCUGUUUGAAGUGCCAGCCUGCUGCGGUCGAGAGAGCAGCUUGGAGAUGCCCACUAAGCCCUGCCAGGCCCACGUGGUUUCAGCACAUAAUGUUCUUCAGAUCUAGCAUCCUUUUUGUUAUUAAUUAUUGGAGAAGGUUCACUAUCCUUCCCCCCCCCCCCCCCCCCUUCUCCCCAAAUGUACGUGACAUUUCAAGGCCAGUUACUUGACAGGAGAAUGAGAGGGACAUGUUGUUGCACAAAUUUCUGUGUUCUGUAUGGAAGCGGGGAUCAACCCUCAAUGAAAUGAGGCUGAAUCACACACUCUCUCUCUCUGUGUGUGUGUGUGUGUGUCUGUGUGUGUGUCUGUGUGUGUGUGUGUGUGUGUCUGUACUUAAACUUGUUGCUGCAGUCUUCCCACCUGAAUUUGGAGGAAUGACUGUAGGAACUGGAGUACUGUAGUUCAUAAAGAAGCUAUUUGCUGAUCAGAAUUAGUGUAGGUAGGGAGAGAAACCUUUGCUUUGCAGAAUAAAUCGCCAAGCAACUACUUCACUGUUUCACAUCACCAUAGGACUCACAACACUUGAAUCUGUAGCUUAAGUCCAAAAGGUGAAGGGUUUCUUAUGCUAUUAAUACUAUGAAAAAGAAUAGUAGCAGAUUGCUUCCACCCUAGGCAAUCACUAGUGCUGACUCACCUGCAAAAUAUAGGGUGACCCAUUUAAAGCCCUGUUAACAUCUGAAGUGUCAUCCCUUGCUAGUUGCAAAGAGGUGGUUGGAGGGGUGAUUUAAUUCCUCAAACAUGGCUGCUAUGUUUCUAUUUAUCUUUUCCAUGAUCUCCACUUCUGUACAAAACCUCUCAAGUGUUAAUCCUCAAGAUGUUAACAUAAGCAGACACAACUUUUUUUUUUUUUCCCAAAACCUUUUCAGCUAUGCAGUGCAAUUGUGCAGUGUAAAUGCUUCUGCUGAUUAUGACCAUAGUCAUUUGUGUUACGUUUUGGAUAUGUACUGGUACACACAGGAACUCGCUCGCAAGAUGCAUGUGUCACAUUCUGCAUGUCAAACCAUCAUAUAGUGUGUCUGUGCCCAUAUGGCUGUAGCAUUUGAAACAGUUUCUCUGACAGCACUAUAGAUACAUGAACAGAAUAGACAUUUCAGCUGCCCAUGUCAAGCAUGUCAUACUCAUAUUUAUCCCAGUCAGCUGACACUACAGGCGCGACCAAUAACAAGUCUUCAAGAUUAACACUUAAAAUACAGGGACUCAAGAAGCAGACUGCACCUCUCCUCUUCUCCUCCUUAUUUUAUUUUUACUUUUUGUAACUCUUAGAAGGCAAGAAGUCUGUUCUGAUAUUAAUAAGAAGCAGUGUUAAACCAUACAUUUGAAAUGGAUAUGAAAGAGACGGGAUUGCAAAUUCAUAAUGCUUUCCUAUGGAAACUUUUUGAAGUUUUGUAUUUUUUUAAUAAAUAAAGCAUUAGGUGCAGAGCCGAAUAAUA